AUGAAGACCACCGACACCCUCCAGGGAGGAAUGGUGGCACCCGCAGGCGUCACCGCAUCGGAGCCGGAAGAUCCGGCAAGGAUUUCUCCCAACUCCAAACCCCACCGCCCAACCGGAUCGAAGCCAACCAACCAGCUCGCCGCCCACCAGCAUGCGCCACCGCGGUCGCAACGCAACCCACGCCGCCUCACUGAGAUCGCCACCACGAGGCCAAGAGAACGAGGAGAGGAGGCAUUGGACGACGGGAGCAGCAGCGCUGUAGCCGCGCGGGAGGGAACCACCUCCUCCGCCGUUGUGCAGGAGGCUCGAGCCUCCGGCACCGUCGCGGUCGCCGUCCGGACGCAGCAGCAGGGCAUACCGGGCCACCCUGGCCCGGCCAGGCCCGAAUCGGGCCCGCUAAGCCCCGCCGGCCACGCUGCAGCAGGGCAGCGCCAGCACCCCAACGCCCAUCGCCGCUCCCCCGCCUCCUGGGAGCCACGCCGGCGACCCGCCCCGCCGUCGGCCCGCCCAGACCCAGAUGGGGCGAUCUGGGCCGAGCGGGCGCCGCCUGGCCGCGCCGCCGCGCCACCCCGCCGCCAACGGCGACGCCGCCGUCCAGCCGAUCUCCCGCGCGCCGCGCCAGGAAGCCCCGCCGCCACGCCGGACCGCCGCCGCCUAGGGAACACCCCCCGGCGCCCUCCGCCCCGCGCCGGAGAGCAACCGAGAGGGGAAUGGCCGGGGGCCGCCGCCACCAGCGUCGCCCGGGCCAAGCCCGGCGGCGGGGAGGGGGGAAUGAGGGGGAGCUGGCGGAGGAGGAGCCGGGGCGCGGCCGGUCGCCUGCGGGGGCGACGCGGUCGCGAGAGCCCGAGAUUCAACUUCUCGGCACCACAAUGA